AUGGCCGUGGAGCUUAUAACGGGUUUUGGAAGCGAUAGGAAUAAUAACAAUGCAACGGCGGUGCAGGAAGCGGCUUCUGCUGGCAUUCACAGCGUUGAGAAGCUCGUCGACAUGAUUUCCGGCACUGAGAAAAGUGAUUCUGAAUUCGGAGCCGUUGCUGACGUGGCGGUUAACCGGUUCAGAGAGGUUAUUUCGCUCCUCGACAGGCCAAGAACCGGUCACGCUCGUUUCAGAAGGGCUCCUAUAACAGUGCCACCUGUCCCUCUUCUUCAAUUGCAACAGACGGUGAAUGAUUCAAAACCGAAAGCGCUUUCUUUUGUGCAGCAACUACAACAUAAUACAGAGCAAGCCUCUGCUUUCAAGGUUUAUGACAACCAGAAUCAUCAGCAACGUUUUCUUCUCCAUCAACAGCGUUUACCUUUGCCACCAAAGAAUGAAACAAAUGGUUCUGCCAACUCUUAUAUUUCUACAUUAACGAGAGACACUGAAACUUUGCAACGCCCUUGUCACUCUUCGGGGUUUUCUAAUGCGUGUAAACCGCCACUGUCAUCAACUUCGGUGAAGAGAAAGUGCAAUUCAACGGAUUUUUCUACUCUCAAAUGUGGAUCGUCCUCUGCUAAGUGCCAUUGCUCCAAGAAAAGGAAAUUGAAGUUGAAGAGGGUGAUCAGAGUACCGGCUAUUAGUUCCAAGACUGCAGAUAUCCCACCCGAUGAAUAUUCAUGGAGAAAAUAUGGACAGAAACCUAUCAAAGGCUCUCCACACCCGAGAGGUUAUUACAAGUGUACAAGCGUGAGAGGUUGCCCAGCACGCAAACACGUGGAGCGUGCUGUGGACGAUUCGAACAUGCUGGUUGUUACCUACGAAGGAGAUCAUAGUCACUCCCACACCGCUUCUGAGAUGGCCAAUGUUGUUGUCCUUGAAUCUUCCUAG